GAAAGCACAGCUUUUAAUUUAUUUGCUGGAUGUUUUGUGUUAUUGAUUGGUAAUCCACCACUGCACUUUCGACUUCGUGACUGUGACGCAUAUCCACGGCUAGCUAAACGAACGAAGAAGAAGAAGAACCAACGAAGAAGAGAAGUUGUCAACCCGGUUCAGCAGUCCGCCCGCAGCCAAUGAAUACCGACUGCGAGAAAACACUGAUCGCUAACUUUCCUCUCUUUGUCAUCUUUCUUUCUUGUUGUUGAAACACCGCCGAGUUGCCGCCGCGGACGUUUCCGUAACGUCCCCUGAACGCAGCUCUUAAACAAACAGAGCAACCGACCACCGGCUCCGCGGUUCCUUCCCGGCUGAAGUGUUCCGGGGUCCGCGGCGCGGCGGUCUGACCGCAGAGAUGUCCGACAACGGGGGCUCGGCCGUCAGCCUUCUGUCUUACGAGACGCUGGUUCAUGCCGUGGCCGGAGCGAUGGGGAGUGUGACGGCGAUGACGGUCUUCUUUCCCCUGGACACCGCUAAAAGCAGGCUGCAGGUGGAUGAGAUGAGGAAGUCCAACUCCACACCGGUCAUCCUGGCCGAGAUAGCAAAGGAAGAAGGCCUUCUCUCCCUGUACAGAGGCUGGUUACCAGUCAUCUCCAGCCUCUGCUGCUCCAACUUUGUCUACUUCUACACCUUCAACACGCUGAAGAAGCUGGCGGCGUCUGGUCCGGGGAAGUCCAGACCAGGCAAAGACCUGCUCAUGGGGGUCGUAUCAGGGAUGGUGAAUGUGAUCCUGACCACUCCCAUGUGGGUGGUCAACACGCGGCUGAAGCUGCAGGGAGCCAAGUUCAGGAACGAAGACCUCCAGCAGACCCAGUACAAGGGCAUCUUUGAUGCUUUCUCGCAGAUCGUAGCCAAUGAGGGUGUGGCGACUCUGUGGAACGGCACCCUGCCCUCUCUUAUCCUCGUCCUCAACCCGGCUGUGCAGUUCAUGAUUUAUGAGGCCAUGAAGAGGAAGGCGGGCAGAGGAGGGAAGAAGAUCUCCUCAGCGGAGAUCUUUCUCAUUGGAGCCAUUGCCAAGGCCAUUGCUACCACUGCAACAUUCCCUCUUCAGACAAUUCAGGCCAUCCUCAGGUUUGGCCAGUAUAAGGGUGACGGGAAGGCCGGUGUGAUCGGAAGCCUCACAAACAUAUUCUCCAUGCUGAUGGACAGAAUCAAGAGGUACGGCGUUCUCGGCCUGUACAAAGGCCUGGAGGCCAAGCUGCUGCAGACGGUGCUGACGGCUGCCCUCAUGUUUGUGGUGUACGAGAACAUCACCACUGCUACCUUCAAAGUCAUGGGCCUGAACAAGAAAGUGAAGCAGUGAACCAACGCCUGCUUGAAUUCAGCGGACCAUUUGUGCAUUGCGUCUCCAGUAGAUUUAAUCGACGCCUAAAAAUGUGAUUGUAGAUUAAUUCCAGGAAACCGAUUUAGUCACAUAAAUGAUGUCAUCAGAGAGGAGAUUGGUGCUCCAGAACUGGGCGAGAUACUUUUAUUACCCUCAUUUUUAACCUCUAACUAGUAGCAUUUGUAUAAAAUAGUGUUUAUUUGAUCUCUGUUGAGAUGGUUUUAAUCAACCGUACUGAGAUAUUCAUCACAAUAUACAGUAAAGGGAAAUACCUCCAUUGGCUUUCUUACUGAGAGAUGGAGGAGAUAAUGGAUACCGCUCAUAUGAAAGGACUCCAGGAAACUACUGAUCAGGACCAAGUAAAUGUCGUGUAACAUGCGAGCUUUGGGGGUGAAGGUAGAUGCAUUUCGUUACUUUUGGACAAAGCCAGGCUACCUGCUUACCAGCUUCCGGUGUUUGUGCUACGCUAACUUUAGUAACUGCUGCAGCUUCAGUGUUUCAGACACUUAGAAGCUUCUUUCCCAAAAUGAAAAAAAAAAACUUUCCCUUCUACAUUAGAUGCUUUCUGCAAAGGAUGAGACCAAAAAGAGGGGCCAGUUAAAUGGAGGAAUGCCUUGAUGUAAGCUGCUGGAACAUUCUUCAAACACUCUUUUUAUGUUUUAACUUGAAUCUUCAUGAAAUUCUUGCCAAAUGAAAGUUUGUUUUUUUAACAUGUUGAGUUAUGAUGUUGUAAAUUAAACAAAGAUUAACAGUAGUCACAAUAAUGUUGAGACGGAGAAUAGCUUCCUUUCAUUUUUAUAGAGUUGUGUGUAAAAUCUACAGUUGUAAUAUAUUACGUCAAAUUGAAUUAAGCAUGAAUGGAAAUGAGUCCUUAACAAUACACUGAGUAACAUUUACAUGUGUAGAAAUGUGCCAGUUAGCGCUAAGUGCCUCUAAAUGUACACUAACUGGUAUAAAUGCUGUGAUGACUGUUGACGGUUUACACAAGUCCGUGAUGCACUGACCCGUCGGUGAUUGUAUUGAUCUCUUAGGCCAUUUUGUCCCGUAUUCGUCUGCCUUUGUUGGUUUGUGUUCUUUUAUCAGUGUUUACAGGUUGGCAGUAAUUUACUUAAGUUGCUUGGACACUGCGUUCUUUCACCUUGAGACCACUUGGAAAGAAGGUUAACGCGUUUGUUUCUAUUGGUGGUUCAAUUUGCUGAGCUGAGUUUUUAAUCAUUGCGAGAGUUUCUGUCAAUAUUUCUUGGUAACAUUGGUAACAUUUGUCACGUGUGGGACUGUUCCUCGUAUUAAUCAGGUCCAGUUCUGAAGCCUGGUUGCACACAGUAAGAAGAGAAUGUCCAAUUUACCAAAGAACAGAACGGACGUUGCCAGAUAUUAGGUUGUUAUUUACUGUUGUUGUUGCACCAUGUAUGUGAACGUCAGCAUAAGGAAUUAUGAUAAGUACACGGUGAUCCUUUUUAUGUUUAAUAUUGAAUAAUUGUAUUUUAAAAUGGGACGUAGAACAAAGGCUUUAUGAAAAAAAAAUAUAUAUGUAAAUUAGUGAGUCAGCAAGUCUGCAAGUCUGGCAGGGCAGAACAUUAGACAGAAAAUAGCUAAAUCAGAGGAUAGAAAGUUUGUUAAAUAGGAGGCAGCUCUGAAUAAAGAAUAUCUCCGCUAAGGCA